AUGGAAGGUGGAUCUGGCCAGAAACCGCGACAACCCAGAACAAAAAAAAAUGGCGAUGUAGUGUUCGUUAGAGGAUGCCCCAAAUUCGACCGCCACUGGAUUCCAGUACUUGGAGAUAUCUACAGCGAACCGAUUCUCCCAGUGGGUCAACUCCCCAGGACGAAGUAUGACACCGAGGACCACAAUCCAGCGUGGCGGCCGAUAAAGGAGUGGCUCGACAAGCAAGCCAGAGGCUCGGUGUUCUACAUGGCGUUCGGGAGCAAGGCCAAACCGAGCCAAUGCGAGCUUGAAGAGAUCGCCUUCGGGUUGGAGCAGUUGGAGCCACGAGUCGGUGGGUGGGUUCGUGAGCACUCAAGGUGGAGCUUGGUGGUGGAGGCGAUUGAGUGGGAAAUAGGACUGAUAUUGGUGACGUUCUUGGCGGACCAAKGGAUAAAUGCGAGAGUGUUGGAGGAGAAGAAGAUGGGUUAUUCUAUUCCCAAAGAUGAGGGGGACGGAUGGGCUAAAAAAUAA